AUGAUGCCGAUAUUUCUCACCGUGUUCCUGAGCAGCAGCGAGCAGCACUUCACCGAGGUGCCCAUCACGCCGGAGACGCUGUGCAGGGACGUGCUGGCGCUCUGCCGGGAGCCGGGCGAGGCCGAGUGCUACCUGGCCGAGACCUGGAGAGGAGCAGAGCGCGUCGUGGGAGAAUCGGAGCAGAUGAUGGCGGUGCUGCAGCCGUGGGGGGGGCAGAGGGGGGAGGUCCGGUACCUCCUCCACCACCAGAGAGCUCCGGGACCUGAGUCUGAUGGAUCCAGAGCGUCCGACCCGAAGCUGAAGAGGAACCAGCUGAACGCUGCUGCAGAGAGAAGUCAGGAGAACGAGGUUUCAGCUCCUCGUCUGGACGUGACCUUCAGUGAACUUCAGGAUCUGGCCUCUCGACAGCAGCAGCUGCUGGCUUCCAAGGAGCAGCGGCUGCGCUUCCUGAAGCUGCAGGAGCAGCAGCAGCAGCAGCAGGAGGCGUCUGAACAGGAGCGACUGCAACAGCUCCGAGAGAACGCACAGAACCAGGAGGCCAAGCUGAGGCGGGUCCGGGCCCUCAGGGGCCAAGUGGAGCAGAAACGCCUCAGCAACAGUAAACUGGUGGAGGAGAUCGAGCAGAUGACUGGUCUGUUCCAGCAGAAGCAGAGGGAGCUGCUGGUUGCCGUGGCGAGGCUUGAGGAGCUCAGCGACCAGCUGGAGGUGCUGAGGAGCCCUCGGGUGGAGCCACCUCCUCCUCCUCCUCCUCCUCACCACCACAACACGCCCUCCUCCACUGUGGAGCUGGAGCUGCUCUGUAAAGAGCUGCAGCUGAGGAACAAGCUGAACCAGGAGCAGAGCUCGCGUCUGCAGCAGCAGAGCGACGGCCUGAACAAGAGGAACCUGGAGGUGGCGUCCAUGGACCGCCGGCUGGCCGAGCUCCGGCAGCGGCUGUGGAAGAAGAAGGCCGCCCUGCAGCAGAAGCAGAACCUGCCAGUGGCGUCAGAAGGCCCCGCCCCUCAGCAUGGCGUGGGCUCCAGAGUGGCGGCAGUGGGGCCGUACAUUCAGUCGUCCUCCGCAGCAGGCUCCCAGGGGCCUCCGGUGCCGGCUCGCCAGGAGCCUCCGGUGAAGCCAGCGUACCCGGACGGCACAGCAACCCUGCCCGUACCCCACUCGUCCCUGAAGCCGCCGCCCAUACCCGACUCGUCCCUGAAGCCGCCGCCCAGACCCGUCAAACCGGCCGCAGGUUUCAGUUCCUCUCAAAUAAGCCACGCCUCCACACUGCCUCGUGUGUCCAGGCUCAGCUACUGCAACUCAGGUGGAGAGACCCCCGACAUCCCGCCUCCUGUCCCGUCACGGACCAAUCACAGCCCUGACACCCUGCUCAGGGACAAUCAGGCUUCAGGGAGAUGUUUGUCCCAGGGGACAGCGCCACCUCCUGUUCCCGUUAAGCCCACCCUGCUCUCUGCGUCCGGCCCCCCCCCCUCCUCCCGGCCCCCCUACAGCACCGGGACCUUCCCUGGUAAGGCGCGGCCGGUGGGCGGAGCCCUCUCCAGCCACUGCAGCACUCUCCCUCUGCCCGGCAGAGAGGAACGCCCUCCGGCCGCGGCCGUCCGACCUUUCACCCCGGACCCCUCAGAUGCUCCUGUGCUGCAGAAGCCUCAGACGCUGGCGGCGGCGUCCAUCUACUCCAUGUACACCAGGCAGGCGUCCGUGGGAAAGCGCUUCCUGCCGGGCGCCCUGCCCCCCCGCAGCCAGCCCCGCGUGUACGGGAAGCCGCUCCUCCCCGCCACCGGGGGGCAGCAGUCUGUCUCCUCAGACCCUCCUGGGGCCUGUGUGUCUGACGGGAGCGAGGCUGGUUGUCCGGGUAACGGCGACGGGGUCGGUGGCGAGACGGCAGAAGGAGCCACGCCUCGACCGCUCAGCCCCACCAAGCUCCUCCCCUUCCUGUCCCACCCUCACAGGAGCCCCAGCGACGCGGACCUGGAGGCGCUGCGCCGCCGGCUGCACCACGCACCGCGGCCCCUGAAGAAACGCAGCUCCAUCACGGAGCCCGAGGGCCCGGCCGGACCCAACAUCCAGAAGCUGCUCUACCAGAAGACCACCCUGGCUGCCAUGGAAACCAUCCCCAUGGAGACAGUCAGUCCAGCGGAGACAUGUCUUCAGCCUGGGGGACACGACCACCGGGGGGGCGGGCCGGAGGUCGAGGACAACACUGGGUCGAGCUUCAACCAAUCACUCGCUGACAGCCCUGAGGACUCCCUGACUCCACCCCCUCUGCCCCCCCGCUCACCCAUUCCCGACCCCGCCCUGGAGGACAAGGAGGAGGAGGUGCGUCCGUCCUCAGUCCACCACGCCCACUUUCCAGAGGAGUUCCCCCCGUACCCCCCCCCACCGUACCCCAGCUGUGGCGACCUGCAGGCGCCGGAGGUCACGGGUCAGGUCCCAGUUCCACCGGGUAAGAGGUCUAUCCUCAGGAGAGUGGGAUCCCAGCGGACGGAUCCCACGCUGCGGGUGAAGUUCAGCGCUCUGGCUCUGCUGCUGGACUGUUCUCUGGAGGGCGAGUUCGACCUCGUGCAGAGGGUCAUCUUCCACGUGGACGACCCGAGCUCGGCCAACGACGAGGGCAUCACCGCGCUGCACAACGCCGUCUGCGCCGGACACACGGACAUCGUCACCUUCCUGGUUCAGUUCGGCGUCAACGUCAACGCUGCCGACAGCGACGGCUGGACGCCGCUGCACUGCGCCGCCUCGUGUAACAACGUUCAGGUCUGUAAGUUCCUGGUGGAGUCGGGCGCCGCCGUGUUCGCCGCCACUUACAGCGACUUGCAAACAGCUGCCGACAAAUGUGAGGAGAUGGAGGACGGCUACGCGCAGUGCUCCCAGUUCCUCUAUGGCGUUCAGGAGAAGAUGGGCGUGAUGAACCGCGGCGUGGUGUACGCCCUGUGGGACUACGAGCCUCAGAGUGGCGACGAGCUGGGCUUCAUGGAGGGCGACUGCAUGACGGUGCUGAGACGGGAGGACGAGCUGGAGACGGACUGGUGGUGGGCGCGAUGUGGCGACGGCGAGGGCUACAUCCCCCGCAACCUCCUGGGGCUGUAUCUGAGGAUCAAACCGCGGCAGAGGAGCCUGGCGUGAACCUCCCGGGGACGAGUCCUCCCGGGGACGAGUCCUCCAUGAGACGAGCGGCGAGACGAGCGGCGAGGGGCCGUCCUCUGGACUCGCUCAGAGACGUCAGGGCUUCCAAUGAGACGGACGUCUGCACAUUAUUACUUCUCCUCAAUUUGCUCCAGUGGUUUUUCCUCUGACGUCCAGAUAUCCUCAAAGGAAAUGAGAAAUGCUUUUGGGUCCAUUUUGUAAUAUUGUGUCUUUUUUCAACAUCGAAUUUUUAUUUUAUUGAACAUUGAAAUCAAAGGAAACAAUUUGAGCAUAUGUCCCAAAGACUGAAACUACAAAGUCUCUAUCUUUAAAUGAUUUCAUUUUGUAUUUAUUAUUACGAAUUUAAAACUUCUUUUACAGGAUCAACUAGUUUCACCAAGAAUGUAAUGAAAUUAUUAAAAUAUUCCUUUAUGGGGCUGAUUUACCAAAAACAUGUUUCUAAUGAUCCAGAACCGUUAAUUAUGAUGAUGUGAGAUUUAAUUUCUACAAACACUGAAUGAAACUUACUUUAUUUAACUCGUCUCUGUUCUGCU